AUGUCGGUAAGAAAUCGUACAGCACCCGGUCCCGACAGAAUAAGACCAGAACACCUGAAGAGCCUUCCGCCAGUACUAAUCAACACCCUGGCGAGGCUCUUUACACGUUAUCUGUCGGAAUGCAAGGUUCCUAAACAGUGGAAGACCAGCAAGACCGUGUUGUUGUAUAAAAAGGGAGAUCCACAUGACAUCGGCAACUAUCGCCCAAUCUGCCUACUGUCCGUCAUCUACAAGCUCUUUACAAGAGUAAUCCUUAAUAGGAUUGAAAAAGUCUUGGAUGGAGGACAGCCAUGCGAGCAAGCAGGGUUUCGAAAAGGAUUCAGCACGAUUGACCACAUUCACACUGUUUCGAAACUCAUCGAGGUAUCACGAGAAUACAAGAUGCCGCUCUGUCUCAUCUUCAUCGACUUAAAGAAGGCUUUCGACUCGGUUGAGACGGAAGCGGUCGUGGAAGCCUUGGACAACCAAGGCGUCCCUACUCAGUAUAUAAAGGUACUUCGAGAUUUGUACAGUAACUUCACGACCGGAAUUUCGCCAUUCUACAAAAACAUCAUCAUUGACGUGAAGAGGGGGGUCCGACAGGGUGAUACAAUUUCACCCAAAAUAUUCACAGCCACCCUCGAGAACGCAAUGCGAAAGUUGGAAUGGGACGAAGUGGGAGUGAAGGUUGAUGGUCGGCAGCUACACCAUUUGCGCUUUGCUGAUGACAUCGUACUGGUAACACCUAGCAUCAGCCAAGCGGAACGAAUGCUGACCGAAUUCGACGAAACAUGUGGAUGCAUCGGUCUUCAGCUGAAUCUACAAAAGACGAUGUUCAUGCGGAAUGGAUGGGUCUCGGAUGCCCCAUUCACGCUCAACGGAACGAACAUAUCCGAAUGCACCAGCUACGUUUAUCUGGGUCGGGAACUGAACAUGAUGAACGACCUGACCCCCGAGCUGGGCAGGAGGAGACGAGCGGCUUGGGGAGCGUACAAGAGCAUCGAGGAUGUAGUGAAGAAGACCAGGAACACCCGGCUCCGUGCUCACCUCUUCAACACCACCGUACUUCCUGCUUUGACCUAUGCUUCGGAAAGCUGGGCAUUUCGCAAGCAGGAAGAAAACGCGGUCAGCGUCAUUGAACGCGCAAUUGAGAGAGUGAUGCUAGGCGUAUUCCGUUUCACGCAAGUGAGGGACGGGAUUCGAAGUUCUCUCCUACGUCAGCGAUCGAAAAUUAGAGACGCCGCCGCGUUUGCCAAGAAAAGUAAAAUAAGGUGGGCCGGACACGUGAUGCGCUUUAAUGACAACCGUUGGACCAGAGCCGUGAGCGACUGGGUUCCCCGCGAUAUUAAGCGCACUACAGGAAGACCGCCGACCCGAUGGUCAGAUUUCUUCACGAAGUCCUUGAAAGAAAAAUAUGAUGCUCUUCGUGUCCCACGCGAAAGGAGGAACCACUGGGCUACUCUGGCACGCGAUCGGGACAAAUGGAAGAAUUACUGGCGCCCGCUCGACCAGUUCGAAGAUCAACGGGAGUCAAGGUGA